CAUCCUCUCUGUCUCUCUCUCUCUCUCUCUCUCUCUCUCUCUCUCUCUCUCUCUCUCACACACACACACACACGGUUAGCUGCAAGAAUGAUGACUAGGGUUGCUGACAUAUAUUCGUUGCGAAAGCAGGGUAAGCGUUCGAUAUCUGACCACAUGAACGAGGCUGUAAAUUAUAUAAAGCACCUCCAGAAUAGGAUCAAGAGAUUAGACGCCAAGAGAGCUGAACUGAAGAAGGUCUCCGAUCUAAUUAGCUCUAGUACUAGUACGGACGACCAUGGUGGUGAAAGUUCCUACGGGGGAUCGCCAAGCUGUUUCACAGUCCACCCAUGUUGCGGUGGAGUGCAAAUCGUGAUCAGUACUGCCAUCGGCUUCAGAUCUGGAGAGGAAGGGUUACGCUUCUCAAUUUCUAGGGUUUUAGAAGUGCUUCUUGAACAAGGGCUUUGUGUUGUGAGCUGUGUCUCCUCCAAAAUAGAUGACAGACUCCUUCAUACUAUCCAGUCCGAGGUGAAUGAUCUAGAGAGUAUCAAUCUUUCUGCGCUGGAACAUAAACUAGAUGAAGUGCUUCCACGAUCUAAAUGAAUAUCCGGGUAACUUAAUACCUGUGUUGAUUCAUUUGGCCUUGGACUCUCCCAGUAUGCUGCUCCCAAUCUUAUUUUUUGUUUCCGAGAAAAUUUGAGCAUUGGUCCUUAGACUUUGACCCAAUUGGAGAUUUGGUUUUCGAACUAAAAUUCCGUAAGUAUUGGUCUUUGAACUUGUCACAGUAUGGAGCAAUGAUAUUUUGGGAUCAAAUUUCAGUAAUCAAUACUUCAAUUGGGUCAAAUAUCAUGGACCAAUGUUUCAAUUUUCUCUUUUAUUUUGGGAUCAAAUUUGGUGAUGACUCAAACGUAAAUUCUUACAAUUUACUAUGUGUUAUUUAGUUUAAGUACUUACUGAUGCCGUUUCAGUUAGCUCUACUUGAAUAUGAAUAUGGGAGGGAUGCAAAGCCUUGUAGAAGAACCUCACUUUGACCUAGCAGCGUGUAUAUGUGUGUGUGUAUAUCUGUAUAUUUGUGUGUGACUUUGGUCUAAUAUUGCUGCCAAGUUACAAAAUAUCAGAUUACAGAUUUAUUUUCGGGUA